UGACUGGAACAAAAUAUAAUUGUAUGAGCUAUGCCUCUGUGUCCCGGCGUUGUUGUACCCCUCUACUAUCUGGCUUGGUGGGGCGAUCUCGUUCUGCAUGCCUGCUUCACUGAGAUACAAUGUGUCGUCAUGCAUUUGUGCAUGCACGCUGUUAACGGUCAUACCCGUCUUGCUAAUUUAGCUAGCUCAUCAAACAGUAUUUUAUUCGCUUUUUCUGCACGAUAGCACUUAUUAAAGCGUUGAAACUCAUGGGGACCUCACUGUUACCACGGGUCAUCGAGCUAGCCCUUAUUUGGCAGCAGGGUUGCAUCGGUUUCCUUGGAUUUGACAGCUUGUUAGGCUGGCUAGCUAGGUAGCUAAUUCGCUAACGCGAACUGUUUAUCACGUAGCAGCCUAUGCUGACUAGCAUCGCUAGCAACUAGCUAACAUGGAUAAAGUCUAGUCGUGGGUCCACAAAAUCAAACAAAUGGUACUAACCUGAUGACAAAAUCAUGUUUAGAAAUUGUAGUAGCUAUUUAUGUUUUUGUUGUUGUUGUUGCUUAAUGACAUUGCGAAUAUCAUAUUUUUUGUCUUUUAACUACCGGUCUGUAUCUAAUCCGGUUUCGGCAUGAGAAAAGUAUUAAUGGCAAAUUCCAGCACUAACGGAUACCGGGAAAAAGAAAUAUGAGAACCGGACACGAAUGCGGAGCCACGCCCUAAAAUAACAUGUGACCACAAGGCGUUUGUGACGCAUUUAUGCGUUCCAAUUUUGUCAUAAUUGUCUGUAGGUUCUAAAUUGCUUAUGAGCUUGGCUUCCCUUCAGAAAGUAGCUGAUUCUUGUACUCUACAGCUGUAUUUUCCUACAGUUACUAAUAAUACUAGCAACAAAACAGAUUUCAUUCCUUAAAAUGAUAUUGCCAGAUGGAAGAAAAUAAUAAGAGCCUUGUCCCAGUCUCUAGACCUGCCUGUCUGUGUGGUGGAUGACCACCUGACCUCUGAAGCUGUCAAUGAGAUGGAGCAGAGCAACCUCAGUGAUGGAAACCACAGAAGAGGGAAAGCUCAACAUUGUGGAACAUCUGACACUUAUGGACUUCCUUCAAAACCUAACUGAGAAGCAAUGGAGGGGGAUUCGUGAGGGCAUGUUUGACCCGCUGACAAAACAUCAGCUUGCCGGCUUGUGUCUGAGGAUUGUCCAGUUUUUAUCGGACAAGCUGAUGCAGAUCAUCAUCCCAGGUCUUUACGAACUACUGGGCAUCCAAGAUGCUGCCUCCUCUCCAUUGUCACAGAGAUCUCUCACAGCGUCACUCACCAGUCUGUUAGACGAUAAGGUUAACACCAAGUCCCGCGUGAGAUUUACUGAGGCUGGUGUACCUAAGAGGCCAGGCAGUCGAAAGUCUUACAAUAGCUUUCGCAUCCCGACUCCCUACCCUUCCUCCAACUGUAUGGAGCAGGAAGAGGAAGAAGAACAGGAAUCACAACUUAAGUUCAAGGAGAUUUACCUGACUAAGGGCAGUCUGGGCAGUGGAAGCUACCUGCCCAAGGGGGCCAUGAGGACUCUAACCUCUCUGUCUGAUGUGCAGAAGAAAACAACCAACUCUGAGACGCUACAAGUUCUCUUAGGUGUCUCAGAGGACACCCUUGUCACCUGUGUACAGGACAGCCUGCAAGGUUCUCUCUCCAAACUUGCAUGCAUGUCCAAUUCUCCAUCUGGAAGUGCAGGCUCUAUGAUGCUAACCCCUGCUGUAAUGGCAGAGUUGGCUAAAGAUGUCAGUGGUCGUUAAGAGUGCCUCCGCUAGCCAAACCUCUGUAGUGACACCGGUAAGGGGAGACUCACAGACCAAGGUGACUGAGAGCAUGGUGAGAGAGCUGGCUGCUAAACUUGAAAAAGUUGACCAAGAGAGCAAGAGUCUAACAGGGCAAGUC